AUGGCCAACAACCUGAUGCCUCAUGUCAGAGCCUACGUCCAGGUCUUCACCACGAUUCCGCUGUUCCCAGCCGCCAUCGAACAGAUUGAAAUCUACUACCCAGACUUGGGUAUUCGCAACGCGGAGCAAGAGCCCGUGACCGGUUCGAACUCGCUAUGCUACAAGCCAAUGGAGGAGUGCGAGGAGGAUAUUGACAGGGAGAGUUGGGGGCAACUCGAACCCCGCCACCUGCGGAUGCUGGAUGGGGCAGAGCCAGACGGGGACGAGGAUGAGGAGGAGGAAGAGGAAGAGGAGAUGGUGGAGUUUACGGAGGAUGACGAUGGGGACGAGGGUGACGAGGGCGACGAGGGCGACGAGAUCUGA